GUAAGAGUACAACGACUAUCAAAAUAGCUCGAUGGAUGCAAAACAAAAGCGAGCUUUCAAUUUGAGAGUAUUAAAGCAACACGAUCAGGCUGUUGAAGAUAUUCUCGAUGGCACCUCAUACGCUGUACUAUACAGUUUCGUAGAGGGUGUCGGAUGGAAGAAAGAAAUGGUAGAGGGUUCUAUGUUUAUUUUCACGAGAUCGGUUGUCCCAAGAUAUGGCUUGUUCAUUUUGAAUAGAAGUGGUCCCGAUAACUUUAUCACACUCUUCACCGGUACGGACGAUCUGCAGUUGACUGGUGACUACAUCAUCUUCAGACCUGCAGACGAGGAUGCCAUAUGGGGUGUUUGGGUAUUCGACGCCUCACACAGACCUCGCAUCGCAAAGUGCAUUGAGGACAUCGAAAAGUUGGCAGCGAAGGAAAAGGAUCAAUUGCCAGCAAAAGUAGACACGUUCGUGGACCCUGCGAUCGCUAGCAUGAGUGCUUCACCCGCUCAACCAAGUUCAAGUACUACUGUGCAAGCAGGACAACCGCUCUCUGUCGAUGAUCUAUUCGGCAAUUUUGAUAGCCCUGCACUUGCAGCUACUAAUGCUGUACCUGCUGCAUCAACUUUGCCAACCAUCACCCAAGACUUUAACAAUGUUUCAGUUGGUGUAGCACCAGUCACUGAAAACCGUUUACCACAGCAGUCACAUCAACCACAGCAACCUCAAAACGUCCAGCGUGUUCAGCAACCAUCAGCAUUGUCAUACGAAGACAGCGUCAAGGCGGAUGGAACACAGCAGCUAUUGUCAUUCUUGGGAUUACCUCCGACAGCGACUAUUGAGAACAAUCACCUAGCCCAACCUAGACCACCUCAACAAACACAGAUGCCGACUUUCCCAAGUGCUGGCCCUGUCAGUCAGGUAACUCCAGCUACAAAUAGCGCACCGGCACCAAUAUCACUUCCUAUAGACACAAACAUCGCUGCUACUCCUUUACCUUUAUCGGCUGUGACGCCAUCAGAACGCAAUCACGUCGUUUUGAGUGAAGAGUUAGAGAACUUGAAGAAGUUGACUUUCGAGGAUGAACUAAAGAAAGAGACUAGUAAACAAGCCGUCCAACCAAAUGUCCAACAAUCUCAACAAUUCAAUAAUAACUUCCCACCAUUGGGUAUUUCUCCGCCUACUGCACCACGAGCUGAGAGGGAGCGUCAGCAAAAGAUGAUGCAGCAUCAGAGUAGCAGUAACAGUCUUUCGGAUGAAGCUAGCAAAUCAUCACCUGGUUUGUUCAACCCGGGUAUAAGAACACAUGUUAGAACCGUCCCUAAGACACGUAAAGCUUCAGCAAUCAGUAAUAUACAACGUACUUCAAUCGCGUCACCAUCUGCGGUAUUGGAUAACUUACCACCAAAAUCAGAGCAACCUACUAUUAUCACCCCGGUCAAUGGAGCAGCACAAGUAACAGAACCAUCUAGAGCGUCACCUCAAGUAAACCGCCAAAAUGUACCAGCAAGUGUAUCGCCGCAAGUUGGCUUAGAUGUAAUCACACCUACUUUACCUUUUCUGCGUCAACCAAACGGACAAAAAUUGGAUCAAUACACUUUUAAGCAGGCCUUAGCGUCAUUAAUCUUAGAGAAUGAUGAGUUCUUAAAUGUUUUAUAUCAGCGGUACAUGUUGAUCGGACAGUGAAAUUUUUAUUGUAAGAGAGCACUCUCCCAGAAUGCAAUCUCCAAUUGGCAAACUUUUGCAAAUAUAUCGUUGAAUUUGCUGAUAUCGUUAGUUUUUAUGCGUUCGACUUGAUAUUUGAGAUCAAUGUCGACGAAUUGUACGAACGAUGGUGCGGUCCAGUUGUUCAAGAGUUCGGCAUAGGGGGAGUCCUUUGCGAGUGAUUUGGCAUAUCCCCAACCAUCCAAGUAAACCUUCUCGAGUGCCCAGAGCGCAACUAUAGCUUCAUCAUUGUUUGGUAAGCUGUACAGGUAUUUGAUGUAAUCGUGGCAAGCUGCGUUGGCGUCUACGCUUUCGUAUUUCAACCCCAAACUUUUGAGUGUAUUUGGGAACAUGUUAACUUCUCUCAACCCGUUGCUGAUAGCGAAACUCAUAAGGUGCAGCAACUUCACAUCCUCAUCCUCAACGAUAUUUGAGUUAUUGAGUAAUGGGAUCCUACCAGCAAUAGUACCGAGCCAUUUUGAAUAGCCUAAAGCGAAAACUCUGUCUUGAUUUAGGAAUCUCUCCAAAGCAGUGGGAUCGAGGGUACUUUCGCCGAGUUUUGUUAAGAAAGCGUGUUGAGAUGAUUUCAAGUAUAUAUCUUUGUUAUUUUCAAUAAGCUCUUCUGUAGAAAUUGAAGUCAUGAUCGUUUCAGAUAAUGUUUAUAACGUUCAGAAGUGACGACCAAGAUGUCCAUUGAUGAAAUAUCAUACGCGGAUACGCUCUACGCACUUGUCAUCCAACCACUACGUCAAUACUUUAUAUCUCUAUGGAAUUUCAUAACUUGGACACCAAAAGUUAAUGACAACACGUCGAAUCAACUCGAUGAAUCAACUGAACCUCUACUAGGCAAUCAAUCAGAUUGUGAUGAUCACGAUAUCAGCCCUCCUUCCGAGAAUAAACCGGUUGUGAAAACGGCAGAACAGCGUCGAUUGGAACAAUUUGAAGCCUACCUAGCGGAAAAGAAACGUCGUAAAGCUGCCAAAAAGUUCAGACGGAUGUUGGAAACUACCACAACAUUAUCCGAGUCCGGUAAUGAGCGCAAGCAUAGUAAGAAUAUAAGGGGUCCUCCUACUGACGUGGGAAGUAUUGCUAGUAGUAGCUUUAGUGGAAUGAGCGCCUCGACUAUUUCGCCUCAUGAAGCCGAUUACAAUUCAGCUUUUUCUUUAACACAGGAUGAUUUGCUUUUUCUUAAGCAACACGAUCAGUCUGAUCUCGUCAGAACUACCAAGGAACAUAUUUGAAUCCCUUACAGAUAACUUUGUAUACCAUUUUGUUUCAUACACUCAAUACCCA